UUCAGAACAAUUUCUCAAAUGGCUUCAGUCUUCCAACUUAUGGUUCUGUUCACAAUUAUUGCAUACUGCAAAACAUACGUGGUAGUCGUUGAGCCGCUUGUUGAAAGUAUGGAUGAGGAGGCGGCGGCGGCGGUUGCUUUAGACCCCGAAGUACCUGUCGUCGCUCCCUCGGAUCCAAUUCUGCUCCGGAAAAGAAAGUCGAUUCUCGUAGGACUCAGUGAAAAAACCGAAGAAGUUUGCAAAACGAAAAUACGACAACAUCAUCGGCCGCAGUAUGGACAUAUCGCAAACGGAAGUAGAGUCGAGAUUCAACAAGACGAAGAAAGCUCAUUGGAGGCUACAUUUGUUGAGUGUCUAGGAGAAAACCGACCACCAUGCCACGGUGUUGAUCAUGAUUUAUUCAUUUCCGAAUGUGUAACGGUAUAUGAACAUAGGCCCGCAAAUGUUAGAGUUGUCAAAUCAGGUGGACCAUACUUCCCAGCAACUAUUCGAGUUCCAAUUCUCUGUGAAUGCAGACUUCGUCGUCAAUUCAAAGAUUUCGAAAAAAGGAAAUAACUUCGUGAAACUGUUCUCUAGUUAGCUAAUAGCCCAUCUGUUCAAAUGCUCACAGGCUUCAACUGUGCCAAAAUCUCUUAAAAUCUCCGUAUCAUUUGAUCUUCCUCCACCAUUCUUACCUGAUCUACCAAUACUAGCCAGCUCCUCGAUCUCUUUUUUCUUUUGGUGCCAUAGCUAUUUUUUUUGUUCUUUGUCAUAUUUUCCAUAUUUUUUGAAUUUCAAGCAUCAUGUUGCAGUUUUAAUUAUGUUUCCUAAUGUUUAUACAUAAGCAUUAUUUCGUGUAUCCAUUUUAUUACCUGCAUUUAUUUUGUCUUCAGUUGUAUUCUCUAAAUUAUUUAUUUGUGUUUGAUCAAUUCAUUUAUGCAGAAAACGAAGAACUGCGAGAUGAAGCAGAGUCUAUAAAAGGUUUUCUAUUCAUUUGAUAUCCUUCGAAAAAACAGAAUGACAAAUUCAUUAGCAUGCAGUUAAAAAUAAAGAGGAAAUGAGUUGAA